CUUCUAUAAGAAGAAUGGGGUAAAAUUGAACUGGCAUCCAGAAUAGCAUGGAUAGAUUAAACAGACUAGGGAUUUUCUAUGUGAAGUCUAGUUGAAGACAAUAGAACCCGUUCAAAACAACUGGGGCAGCCGGCCAGUGCUGUAUACAAUUCCCCCCCCAUUUAAAGAUGCUUUUUGCAGGCAUUGUUUGUAAUCCCCCUCUGAUGUCACGCCCGGUGGCUAGGAAGGAAGGGCUGAGGCAGCGCGCGCACAGCACAGCACACACAGACCAACCGACAGCUGACGAGCCCAGCCGGGUAGCGCGAGAGGGAGAGGUGGGGAACGAAACGACAGACGGUGGAAAUUGCAUGGAAGACUCACCGCAAUCGAGUAGUAACACCGAUAUUGAAACACCUGAGGCUGGAGCUGCUGUGAUCUGAGGCACUGUCCCUACAUGCCUGUACCAGUCUAAGGACUCCAGUAGUUACUUUCAACCACCAUCUCCACAUUACCACAGAACCAUAGGGUCCAACCGUGGCCUCUGCUCCAAGGAGCCACCUAACCACCCUCCACACCCAUUGAUGGUUCUAGAAGAAGAUCUGAGCUGCUUGUCUUCCCCUCGACGGCAGGCCAUGCAUUUUGCCUAAACCCCUCCCCCCUCUUCCUCUCAACCAAUCCGAGGCAGCCAUGAACCCCCAGGAGGCGGAGUUAGGCCAGGAACUGAGCGAGGACGUGGAAGCCGACUUGCCCCCUCCUCAACGCCGACGCCACGACAACAACACUGCCAGGCGGCCCCGGCAGCCUAGCAACCAUAGUAGUGAAAACAACAACCACGCAGCUCUGCGCUACAGGAGGUAUAAUGAGGCCCCUGGUGCAGGUGGCAGCAGAAUCAGAGGAGCCCCACAGCGGAGGUCAACAGAGGAGCCAGAGGCAGAGCUGCACCAGGGGGCCCAGUUUCCUCCCCAGCAGCCCCAGCCUCAGCCCCAGCAGGCCCAGGGUCAGUCUCAGCCCAUCCCGCGACCUGCAGUGACACGUUACCGCAGACAGGAGGACAGUGAGGCCAGGCUCAGAGCACAGCAGCAGAGACACACACAGAGACAGCAGAGAGAGGCUGAGAGGGCCCAGCAACAACAACCACCUCCACCAGGCCCACAGCCUGUUCACUCUCUACCCCCACAACCAGAUGAGCCGGAGGAGGAACAACCACCUCCACCAGGCCCACAGCCUGUUCACUCUCUACCCCCACAACCAGAUGAGCCGGAGGAGGAUGAGGGGGAGAGAGAGAGGGAGAGAGAGGGUGAUGAUUAUGCAUUAGCUCGUUCUGCUAGCACGGAAAGCGGUUUCCACACACACACAGACCGGGCGGAGGGCGACGCCGUCAUGGUACUAGAUCCUGAGGCGGAGGACGACGGCGGUACCUACGAGGUGACGCUUCGCCCAGAGGCAGAAGGAUACACAGAGAGUGCUGAGUCAGAGCAACAACACCCCCACCCCAACCUGAACCUCAACUACCCCCCUCAGCCCCCUCCCUUACCCCGGGAACCCCUACCAGACGUUGGGAGACCCCCUAGUCAGGAGGAGGCAGAGGAAACGCUGAACCCUGGAGGAGGUUACUCCAACUACGUCUACACCCAGCCUCUCUACCGCCGUGAGGGAGGGGCCAGCAGCACAGGGGGCGGGACAGCAGCGUGGAGGAAGGGGUGGAGCCAGAAGAUGAGGCGUAUUCCGAAGCCUACGACUACUCCCUGA